GAUUUUUCUCUUUUUCUGUGAUUACACAGAUUCGCAUACACACUCAAUAGCCCAAUCACUCUUUACCAUCUAAAUCCUAUCUCGUUUAGCUUCAAUUUCUAAUCCCCAAUUUCUGAUUUUGGAUGGAUUUAACAUGGUUUUGACAAUAGACCUUCUUCGCCAAGGUUUUGGCCAACAUAUCCUCAAUAUUACCAGUUCAGUUAUUUGAGAAGGAUUUGCUUUGUUUAUACAGAGUUUCGUUUUCUUACCUAAUCUUGAAACUGAGAAGGGAGAAGAAGAAUACAAUGAGCUUGUCGGCAAUGGGUGCUUCUGUAGCUAACAAGAAGCUCAGUGCUGAAGCAACUUUGAAUCCAAAUGCUGCAGAGUUCGUCCCAUUUUCUCUCAGGUCACAGGCUGCGAACGUGAAGAUUCUAGACACGCCCCCGAAAUUCACCACCUCGGGGAAAUCUGUGUUAGAUAGAUCAGAGUCAUCAGUUUCGAAUAACUCCAACUCUGAAGAAGAGGCGCAGCAGUACUGGUCUCACCAGCUCCCUGACGACAUUACUCCUGACUUCAAGGUGAUGGGGAUAGAUAACGAUUCCAACGAAGCCUCAAGGUAUACGUCUCCAACAAACAGUGGCUUUGCGUUGAAAGAACAGCAAGCAUUUUCUCUUCAUCCCUUAGAUGGUAUUGGUAACCCUCGUGCUGGAAAGCUGAGAUAUCCCGUCUCAUCCAUUGGCGAAUGUUUUCAUUCGUCUCUUGCUAAACCUUGGGACAGGCAAGUUCGCAGUGGCACUGAUCAGCUUCUUACAGCAGAAGGGAAUCCUUAUAAUGGCAACAUGAAUCAAGCUUUCGUGGCUGAAAUGUCUAAUGAGCAAUUGUUGGACAAUGCAGACUUGUGCCGUCUUGAGUUUUUAGCCUCACAGUUUCCAUAUUUCUCUGCUGAAAGCAUUGCAGAUGCGUAUUUGUCUAAUGGAGGUGAUCUGAACCUGACAAUCAAUGUGCUUACUCAGCUCGAGCUCCGUGUUGAUGGAGGUUCGACUCAGACUCUUAGUUCAAAGGCUUUCUCCACCCCAAAUAUCAGCGCCUCGAAUCUUCCUCCUCUCCGUGUCCCAAAUGGUCCAAGAAAGCUUGCUGGUGAAUAUCAGCAAAAUGUCAGCCCUAAUUGGUCUACUGAUAGUUCACGGCAAGUGAGAUCCUUCUCGACCAUCCCAUCGUCACAUUUUUCUCCAGCUGCAAGGAGAACAGCAUCUCAAGAGUCUAGCAUAUGGAAGUAUGACAGAAACGGUUCUUCAGAUGCUAGACAAGUUCUGGCGAGCGCCUAUAAUAGUGGUCAGACGAACAGCAUUUAUGGUGAUAGGUUGCAAAGUCGGGGAUCGCCUCUUACUUCUCCGGCCAGGCUUCAAACUGGAUUAUCAUAUGCAAACAUGUAUUCUGAGAAACGAGAGGAACCCCGCGAUCAUGUACGCGCGCAGAAUACAUAUAUUGAGCAGGCACGACAAGCACACCUUGCUGGUAACAAGACCCUAGCCAAGGAGCUGAGCAUUCUCGGACAGCUGCAUGAUCUGCAGAUGAAAGCAGUCAAAGGGGACGCUCAAGAGUCAUUCUUUCAUCAAAGGAAUUUGGAUGUAACGAAUGGGACAGAGCAAAUAAUCGAUCUACAUGGUCUAAACGUGACCGAGGCCAUUUUUGUACUCAAACGCGAGCUUGCCAUUCUGAGGAAUGCAGCGAGGUCAGUGGACCAACGUGUGCUCGUCUCCAUUGGUGUUGGGGCUGGUCAUCACACGAGGGGAUCACCCACGCCUGCUAGACUUCGUGUUGCUGUGCAACAGUAUCUCCUGGAGGAGGAGGGCCUCAACUACACCGAGCCUCGGCCGGGGCUCCUUCGGGUUGUGAUAUACUGAAUCUUGAAGAUUUAGGUGAAUUUUUUACACUUUAAAAAAAACGGAUUUUUUGUUGUAUGUGUAAAUUGGGAGAAAUCAGAAAAGUGUAGGGAAUUUUGUGCACAAGUGAAAAGGUAAACCAAAAUAUUUUGUGCCAACAAUUAUUUUGAACUCUGUUUUGUUCAGAUUUGAAGAAAGAAUUUGUUCAAAUGAUAA